UUUGACUCAACUAAAUACAUUAAAUUCUUCUAAAGAUAUUUGUUGCAUUUUACACAACAUAUUUAUUCCUUCAAUAAAUCGUAAUGAAAUUAUUUUCUUUAGUCUUCUUUUCAACUGUCGCAUUUAUGAUUAUUCAUAAUGAUCAUUACAUGUCAAUGAGUAAAGCCACGUCAAAUCAGAACGAAUCGAAGAACAGAGUCACGUUAAAUGAUUUGUUAAUGUUGAGUGAUAACACGAUAGAAAUGUCGGGUGUAUCAGGUCAAUGCGACAAUUGUAAAUAUAGCACGAUUCCAGUAGAAGCAUUGUAUGAUUGUAAACAUAAGUAUUGUAUAAAUUGUUUAAUGAAACUAAGACAAAACGCUUAUACAUGUGAAAUUAAUCAGUGUGAAAUAGAAGACUGUAAUUCGAAAUUACCCAAAGGAAAAUGCCUAAAAUGUAAUCAAAUGAAGACACUAGAUACCUUGUUUCUUUGCCGACAUAAACAUUGCGAAGACUGUAUAAAAUAUUUCAUAAAAUCAAAAAUUUCUAAAUGUCCAAUAAAAGGAUGUAACGCAGAAGUACUCACAGAGGAAUGUAAUUACUGUUGUAAGGAUGUAUUAAAAAUAAACUGUUUUGAUAAAUGUUAUCAUCCAUUUUGCAAUGAAUGUAGUGCAAAAUUUGAAAAGAAUAAGAUACGUUGUCGGAUUUGUGAAAAGAAAAAGUUUGAGGCAAAGAUGAAAGAAAUAGAUGAAGAAAUAAAAACAAGAAUUCAUAAUGAAUGAAUGAACCUAUGGAUGAAUGAAAAAUUUACAGAAAAGGGGAACAGUAUAUGAUAAUAAAAGAUUAUUAUAUUAAAUAUAGACUACAACCACAACACCUCAUUAAAACAAAGUUUAAAAAAAGAAUGUCCUUAAAUCCUUCAAAAAAAUAUAAAGUUUUGUAAUUAAAAUAUUAUUUAAGUGUAUGAACUGCUAAUUGCAAAAUAAAUGUACAUUUUCAUUUAAGUUAAGUAUAAUUUAAGUACAAUUCAUAAUAUAUUGUAAC